CAGGGAUGGAGCUGUGCUUGGUGGUGCUGGUGUGUGGGGCUGUGCUGGAGGUGGCAGGCACCACCAUGGCUCCAGUUGCUUCAGAGCCACUUGGUCACACGGUGACAGCUCCAGUGAUGUCCUCAGGCAUGGGGACAGGGAGGGUUCCUGCUCACCCCCUCUCUGAGGAGCCCAUCAUGAACUUCACCCUGAGGCUCCUGGAUGAGGACUCCAGUGCCACUCCAGAGAAGCUGCCAGUGCUCAGUCCUGGCUCUAUGAUCCACCUGGAAGCCAGUGUCCUCUUCAGUCCCAGCAUCUCCCUGAAGAUCCACGUGGAUCAGUGCUACUGGACCACCUCGGAGCAGCCAGGACACUCCAGGAGGGUCUUCAUGGUGGUGAACAGCCGUGGGUGCCUGCACGGGGAGAAGCUGGGGAACGUGUCUGUCCAGCACCAGAGAGGGGGGUCUGUCCUCCAGCUCUCCAUCCUGGCCCCCACGCUGGAGGGUGAGCAGCAGGUCUACGUGCACUGCCUGUUGAUGGCAUGGGGACAAGGACGUGCCACCAGGUCCUGCUUCUACAGCCACACCACGGCCAGCUGGCACAAUGCAGAGGACCCUGUCCAGAGUACCCCAUGCCGCUGCUGUGACAGCGGUUGUCCUGCUGCUGACACCCUCCACGGAGACAUGCCAGCAUUCCCAGGAGAGGGGACACUCCACUGGGAGACAGUUGGACCAGUGCUGGUGCAGAAGGAGAAGCUGCCGUGGUAUGAAGCACCGUGCCGGACAGGGAGGAGGUUCCUGCUGGCCCUGGUGGGCAGUGCUGUGCUGGUGGUCUCCGUGCUGGGGGGGCUGCUGGGGCUGGCCCUGAGCACCCGGCGCCUGCGCAGAGCCCCGCGGGGACAGCGGCCACCGAGGCAGCGGUGUCCCUUCCAGGCUGAGCUGCAGAGCGUGGUGGGGGCCCUGCUCCUCAGGGAGACGGAGAAACAGGGCCAGAUGGGGCCAGAGCCUCCUUCUCACCAAUAAAUGUGGCUUUGCUUUCUCUAAAGCUUCUCCUG